AUGGAAAAGUCUAGUAUUGAUUUGAAUUGUGAAAUAUCAUCCUCUGAAACCCAACCUGAACAUGAUGUUGAAGGGUUGGAAAAUGUAGUUCUACACAAUGAAGAUGAAUCAAGGCAUAAAGGUAAAGUCAAAUGGAGCAAGGAAGCCACUAUACUUCUGAUAAGUGGAUGGCUUAAUACAUCUAAGGAUGCCAUUGUGGGGAAUGACCAAACUUCUACACAUUUCUGGGCUCGGAUUGCAGAAUACUACAACACCAACCAAAAAGGCGAGCAAGCAAGAACUGGAAGGCAAUGCAAAGAUCAUUGGAACAAGAUGAAUCAAAAGGUGGCGCGUUUCAAUGGGUGUUAUAAACGAGUACAACAAGCACAUCACAGUGGUUGGUCUGAUUAG